AUGGCGUCCACCGAGGCACCCAAAGUGCCCGUCUACUCGGUCAAUGACCUCAAAUCCACCACCGACGACGCCCUAGCCCCCUACCUGGGAACCCUGCCGCAACCCUAUACCUUCGCCCAGGACCACGCAAAGACCAACGUGCGCUUCCUCCUGGGCUACAGCGCCGUCGCCAUUGCCGCCUUCACCUUCUACGCCGACCGCAAACUCGGUUGGGAAGCCACCCGCUCCCCAUGGAUCUUCGCCGCCGUGGGUUCCUACUUCGUCCUGAACAGCCUUCUCACCUACUGGAUUUGGGCGGUCGAGGCAGGCGAGGUCUACCGCGGGAAGCGCAAGUCUGGCGAAACGAUCUCCCUUCGGUCGUCGGUGAAGAAACACUCGCCGUUGUAUAAGGUGCGCGUACAAUACCGGUCUGCGGCGGACAAGGUGUUGCAGGAGAAAGAAAUCGAGGCUCCGUUUACUCGGUGGUUCUCGGCCGACGGCGUAUUCCAUCCCGCGCCGUUGCGCGCGUGGCUCGCGAGUGAGAUUGAGGUGCUGCGCCUCGCGGCGAAGGAGACCGAGAAGAAGACCGGCGGGGCAGGGAAUCUUGUUGGGGUUCCAGACGAUGACAGCAAAGCGCGACGACGCGGUUAG